GUGAGGAUUUUCCACGACGCACGCAGGCUGGGACUUGACCUCGCACCUCAUCCCACACACUCGCCCUCAAUCUUUCUUCCUCUUCCCUUCACCAUCGCCUUGUUCCGCCUUUGUGCGCUGAACAAUCGCGGUCGGUCGCCAACAUGCCUCCGAGGAUACCAUCGCCGGCGGUGGUCCGCGCUGUUGAGGCGCGCGCCGGCGUUGCAGUCGCCGCAAGCCGGUCAUGGACGUUAUCACAACAGUCUGCCGGCUUCUCAUCGACCCCGUCCUGUGAGGUCUUUAGCAAAGCCCGCCGCAACUUUCGCCAGUGGCUCAAGACCGAUGGCGUCUAUUUCAAAAAGGCGCCUGAGGAUGGUCCCCGCUACAUCGCCAGCAGCGGGAGAAAAAAGAGGGCAUACAAGGACGGCGAGUUCGACAGGCUCCAGCCUUUCCCGACCAACAGCAGCUUCAAAACUGCCCCUGUGCUGAGCGAGAAGGCCCGGCAGAUCAUAUGGGAAAAGGUCAUGCGUGACGGCGAGACCAUCAAGGCCGUGUCGGCCGAGUACGGCGUCGAUGUCCGCAGGGUGGCUGCCGUAAUCCGCCUGCAGGAGGUUGAGAGGGAUUGGGAGAAGAAGGGCAAAUUUCUCGCGAAGCCGUACGCCAAAGCUGUACUUGGUAUGCUCAGGACCCACAAGAUCUACACCAACUCACAAAACAAGCCAUUGGAGGACAUCAAUGAGGUCCACAUCCACCCGCACACGAUGCAGCAGAUCUUCUGGCCCACGGCCGAGUCGCGGCAUUUCACGCGCAAGGACGCGGCCAAGGUGUUCAACAAGGACAUGCUGCCCCUCGACGAGCGCGUCCAGAUUCCCGAGCUGAUCCAGCUCGAAAAGGACAUCAGCUCGGGCAUCGCACCCUACGAGGCGGCCCAGAAGUUCAAGUCGACAGUCAGGAACUCGGAGACAAAGACUGCCGAGAAGGCGCGUGCCGCUGCGGCGGCGGCCGAGUCCGCCAUCACCCGCGUGCGGACCGAGCGCUUCGACAUGCGGUUCCAGGACUACAACGCCGAGCAGGUCGGCAAGGACGGCCGUCACCGCAACGCCAUCGGCGCCCGGUACGGCGUGCCGCACUACGAUCGCGCCAAGGGCCAGGUCAAGAUUCCUACCUCGGUGCCGUAGAGUCGGCCACCCUGCAAAAAGGUGGCGUGUCACCUUCUCAUGUCCUUGCUUUUUCUAUAUAUGUACCAAUACCAUGUACCACAACAAACUACCAUGUUGGAGGGCAGUAGCGCCAUGGGAGAUAACCUGGUGCGCGAAGUGUGUCGCAACAGUCGACACGACACGGUCCGCCCUCUGCGGACUGCGAAGGCAGGAGGGAAUCAUCCCACCCCCACCCCCUGGCUCGCGAAACAACGAAUCCUUGUACAGAACACACAUAAAUGUCACGAUGCAAGAUGACCUAGCGAGCAAUAAAUAAAGAACACAAAGGCUUGCAUUCAAGUCCAAAAACAC